AUAAUCUGUUAAUUUCCCUUAAGAACUUCAACAGACGCCACUGCUGGCAGCGCAAGAACCGUUAAAGUUUAGUGUAAGAGGCUUGCGCUCGCACUCUCUUUAUCUGUUUGGCUGGAUGCUCUUGGAAGAACUACAGUUAGUUGCGCUAGCGUUGAGUGCUUGACAUUGGAUUGACUUUGUGAAAAUGGCGUAGUUAGUUGUUGGUGAGACGUCCAAUAUGAAUGUUUGUGAGAGUCCCAGUAAAUUGAAGACGACAGACGCCGAGUCGUUGUCCACAUUUGUUAAAUUAAGGCGCAGCAGGGAUUGGCAAAACGAGGUAUACACUAGUAAACAGCGGAUAAUAUCAAAGUAUAGCUACGGCGAUAGAUUCAUACCGCAACGGUUCAACUCCAUGAAGCUGGACACCAAUAUAAACUAUGUAGGCAAGACAGCAGAGCAGGACAUUCUACACAAUGAUUUCAAGCUCAACUCCAGCUACUGGCGCCAAGCAAAGUUCGUGACCAACAUCAACGAAAUAUUCAACAUACAGCACUCGCGUCUGCUGCACUUUGGCAGCCAGACACAGCCAGAGUACAGCCUGCAGAGCAGACGCAGCUGCUCAGCACUGAAGACUGAAGAUUGGGCUUGCCUGGCACGCUUGCGUCCGUCUGCCUGGCCGGAUGUUACCAAUGCCAUGCCACAGACUUCUGUAUCGUACAAUCCCAAUCGCAUGGACUGGUCGACGAGCAAGCAAAUAGCGCUCUCCUUUAAGGAAAACAUCAUUGUCUGGCGUGAGGGACAGGACAUCACUAUGGUCUUUAAAGUCAACUCUGCACGUGCCUUGAAGUAUUCACCUUGCGGACGCUACUUGGCCAUAAGUUGCAUGGAUAUGUCUAUUCCGGUUGUGGAGCUCUGGGAGGUGCUGGAUGAGGAUGAGUUUCUGGUAUCCAAUGGCAAAUUCUUCAAGAAAAUCUACAAAUUCAUUAGCAGUAUUGAAUGGACCCAUGACAGCAAGCAGAUUGUCUGCGGCACUGGCAGCGGUCACAUCAUUGUAUACUCCAUCCACGACAUGUCGACCCAAAAGAUUCUAAGCCAGCAUAAGCACAAGAUAAAACGCAUUAAGUUAUCCUCAGCGGGGCGUUACUUAGCUACGUCAGAUUACAAGGGAUUGAUCUAUGUAUUUGAUACCAAUAGCUAUAAUGUUGUAGCACAGCUUGACUGCAAUGUGGGUGGGCUGUUCGACUGGCACCCCUGGUCGGAGCCGGAGUUGGCUAUCGUGAAUAGAUCGCCAGCGUUUAUACAAAUCUACAAUGUGAAACGCUGCGAAACCGUCGCCUCUUAUAAACGGGGCGAUACUUGGAUCUGCAUCAACUCCAUAAACUUUAAUAAGAUUACAGGCGAGCUGCUGGUUAACGUGUUUCGCCUUGAUGAGGGCUAUUGUGAGUGUAAGAUUAUUGUUUUAUCGUCGCUAAAUCGUGUGGUGGAUGUGCUAAAUUCUCACGGCAAGGGCGCGAUUUUUAUGAUGUGGAGUCCGGAUGGUAAGAAGCUUUGCACAGCUGGUCUGGACGAAUCUUUCUGCAUUUGGAAUUUCUGCCCUGGAAUCAAGCUGGAUGCUAAGGUACGUCAAAAGCCGGAAUCCAAAAAGCAGCGCUCAAGCGUAUUAGAACUCUAUCAUGCUUUCAAAUAAGCUGAUGUCAAUGUCAUGUCGCAUCGGGGGCUUAGGCUAAACCUAAAUGUACAUUAUUAUUACUAAUCAACAUUUUAUAUUUGUUUUAAAGUAA